CGGGAACUCGGCGACACCGCGUCAGUUCGCUCGCGUCGGUCACUCCGGUAUCGUCGCCUGCGUCCCGCGUCCACGUCACUGCGUACGCGAGUUUUUUUGCGAGUCUAUCGCGAGUUUUUCGCGAACAUAUUUAGCGGCGAUCGCGCGCGUACGGGUUUUACGUUCUCGUCGCGAAAUAUUUUUUCCGUUCGGAUUUACUCGCGCGUCGUACUGCCACGUCGGUGACGGUGAUAAUCGUAUUAUAACAUUAAUAAUAUUAUACAUACAGUGGUGAGCCUCACACGCGUCCUGCAGGAUUACAACACAGACGAGUGUCGGACACAUAUUAUUUUAUUUUGGGUGUCGUGUGCAAAUCGUGUAUUAUCGCGGCGAGGAGUGCAGUGCUGCGGGACACGCACCCCGCCACCCCCCCCCAUCCCCCCCACGCGAAGGGGGUUCGUGCGGCUUUCUGAGAGAAUACCAAAUUUUUUCCUAGUGUUUUUGUUCGCGUCCAACGCGCGCGUGCCGCCAAAAUGAUGAUGCUGUCCUGCGUGCUGAUGGUGUUGGUGUACACGGCGGAUAAAACAGGGUGUUCGUACCAGAGUCAUGGGGGCAGCGACAAGAACAGCGCCGGAGGCAGCGGGCGUGACGUCAAUGCCGUGAAACCGGACGCCAACCAAUACUCUGGGCCGCAAUUCGACCCGGAAACGCCCAGGAACGUGACGGCGCUUGAAGGAAAAUCGGCGUAUUUGACAUGCAAAGUCAAGAGUUUGGACAACAAAACGGUGUCGUGGAUAAGGCACAGAGACAUACACAUACUGACGGUGGGCGCGUACACGUACACCAGUGACCAGCGGUUCCAAGCCAUUCACCACAGGUCACACUCGGACCAAUGGACGUUGCACAUCAAAUGGGCUCAGAAGAGAGACGCGGGGAUUUACGAGUGCCAAGUGAGCACGCAACCGGUGAGAAGCAUAUUCGUCACGCUGAACGUCGUCGACGAUAAACCGCCGCCCUCGGACAGCGACGAUAGUUUACUAGACAUGAUGAUAAGAGACGGAGACUUUACAAAAGUGCCGUCUGCUUCGAUUUCCGGUGGUCCAGACAUUCACGUGAACGAAGGGAGUACCAUUAAUCUGACGUGCAUCGUGAAGUUCAGCCCGGAGCCGCCGUCUUACAUCUUCUGGUACCAUUACGAUGAGGUGAUCAGCUACGAUUCGGUUCGCGGUGGUGUUAGCGUGGUCACAGAAAAGGGAGACGUGACGGUCAGUUACCUGCUCAUACAGGAUGCGGUGCAAGCGGAUUCUGGCAAGUACACGUGCAACCCGUCGAACGCAGACUUGUCCAGCGUAGUCGUACACGUCCUAAACGGCGAGAGUCCUGCGGCCAUGCAGACCGGUUCGGCCGGCUUAUCCAACAGUUCCAUCACGAUACUGUGCGUGAUGAUCCUGAGCUGGACGUUCACCAGGACCGACGAUCAGCUGAGAUAAUAGACGCGCGCCCGCCGCCCGUUUCCGCUCCUCUCCAGCUACCAUUAUACUUUGAUAAUAUAUAUUAUAUUAUUAUUAUAUAAAAUUUACAUUUAAUUACACGCCGUAACGAUAAGAAAUUAAAAAAAAAAAAAUAACGAAACGGAAACAACGCGAGAGCGAGAAAAAAAAAAGGCCGGAAGUGAUGUGUAUAAUUCUCUUGUAUCGAGUUACCAUAAGUAUACCACGGUAUACUGCGUGAUAUUGAAUCGCAUACCUCGUGACAUCGGGUUCAUUCCGUUUUGAUAUUAUUCUAAUAAUAUUCGAUAUUAUGACUUCUGCGACCGACCGUCGUGUGUUGGAAUAGACGUGCUCGUGUUAUUUCCUUUCUUUUUUUUGUUUCUAGAAACGAAUGUGUAAAUAUUAUUACUAUAAUUAUUAUUAUAUACGUUGUACAGGAUUUUUCUAUACCCACACUCCGCCAUCGUCGAUCGUACGUUCGGUAUGUGGAUAUAACAAUAACAAUUAUUAUUAUUAUUAUUAUACGAUAUAGAUGUCGGUUACACGUACACGGCAAGCUGGGGUCUGUUUCCCGCAAAAACGUCGUUGUUGUCAAACUUAACAGUGGAAAAUUCAUGUUUUUGUUUUGUUUAUUUUUUACGAAUUGUUGCUCUGUACAUAAUAUAUAUAUACAUAAUAUAACCAUCCCCAAGUUCUCGUACGAUAAUAUGCACGCCCCCGUCUUUGUCGCGUACUCGUUUUGUUAUCGCGUCCCCGUAAAUAGUUUAAUAGUAAUUACAUAAUGUCCGGCCGUUUGUUGUACAUAAAAAAAAAAAACAAAUUGUUUUAUUUUUCGUACACGUCGUAUUGCUGGAUAAACCCACCCUGACGGAAACACCAUCUCAUACACACACUACGAAAACGAACGAAAAUCGAAAAGAGGUAAUCUCACCAGCUUCAGUGUACUCGUACAGGUAUAUGUGCUGCACACAGUGUAAUGUCGUUAUAAAUAAUUGUGUGCCAUCGUCAAACACUGCAAAUAAAGGGUGGUUUACGGGGCAGACUUCCGUGUUCGUGUUUGAAAUGCUAUACCAUAUCAUAGGUACCGGGUAUAGAUUCAUCUACGUCCCGGUCGCGUAUUCCCGCGAAGUCCAUAACCGAUCCAGGGCACAGUUAUCCGGAAUCUGUGAGGUUCCCCAUAAAUGGCAAUUUUUUACGUUCUCUAUACCACAGUGGGUACUAGAUAAUUACGUAUAUUAGAGCAUUGAUUAAUUAUUUGUUCAUAAAUAAUCAUACCACAAAAAUGAACGAAAAUCGUAGAGAUGUAAUCACACCCUCUUCAGUGUACCUGUAUAUUAUCAUAUUAUGCUGCACUGUUUGCAAUGUUGUUAUAAAUAAUUGGGCGCAAUCGUCAACCAUGCAGAAAAUAACUGGAACAUUUCGGGGGGAUUGGGUGGUCAGACUUCCGUGUUCGUGUUCAAAACGCUAAACGACAUUAUAUAUAUACCGAGUACACCCGUUCGCGUAUUCCCGAAAGCUAUAAUCGAUCUAGAGCACAGUCGCCCGGAAUCUGCGAUGUUCCGUAACUGUCAAUUUUUACAUUAUAUCAUAUAACAAUAUUUGAAACCGUACGAAGUUAAAAGCACGUCAUAUAUAUAACAGUUGUAGGCGGAAGAAACCUCGAUCAAGAGAGGGCUGUAGGGAGAAAGAGAGAGAGAGAGAGAUAUUUAGAGAAAAGAAUCGCGAUAUUAUUAUAAAUUAUAAUGAUAAAAUGAUAAUCUCGUAGUUUCGUGUACAAUAUGACUCGCCUGCACAAAUAUUACAUUAACCAUCAGUGUAUCGGUAUAUUAUUAUAGAACAUGGCCGUCGCGACGAUGUAAAUUGUACGUCCCGUCGAAUUUUCCAGUAUUUUUUCCCUUUCAAUUUAUUUUCAACGCAUUUUCCGCGAUGCGUACGCCUACAGCAAAUUACGCACCGGACAAUGGCGAUGUUAUUAUAAUAAUAAUAAUUAUUAUUAUUAUCGACGCUUGUUUGCGUGCGUACGGAUUACGUUACGCUUGGAAAAUGUUAUACAAUGUAUAAUGAUGUAUACACGUAAACGCUGGGUAAAACACGGUCGGAGGAGAUGGUAAAAAAUUAACCAUUCGUGACGGUUCAAAACCGAUAAAUUAACGAUAUUGCGUAAUACAUAUAUUGAUAUUAUAAUACGCUCGCCGCUGCGGAUGGGAUUCGAAACGUGUGUAACGAAAAUAUUAUAUUAUUAUUUAUAAUAAUAAUGUCUAUACUUCAUACUAUCAUACUUUACGAUAUGCAUACGAAAUAAUUAGUAAUAAUUAUAAUAAUAAUAUCAUCGUAAUACGUUUUCGUUUUAUUGUCAACAGUGAUAUUGAUAUGACGAUAAAAAACGACAUCGGUUACGCGGUACGCGAUAGCUAAGAAAACAAUCGAAAGAGUUCAUUUACUACCGCGGCACACCCGUUUUUAGACGUACAGACCGAACCCAAUGUGAACCACCAUCGUCUAAACUUAAGUAAAAAAAAAAAAAAUCGUCUUUGAACAGACACGUUUAGUCGACGUCAUUAUUCUAUAUAGGUACAAAAUAUUAUAAUAUUAUAAUGUAUUAUAUAUAUAUUAUGAACAGCUGGAAUUUAUAGGACUUUUUUCCCUCAAAUCGCGUUUACGUGUUUAUUAAACAUUAUGCAUAGUUAGAUCGAUUCGCUUUUAUCUCUAAUCAUUAUUGUUUUAAAAAAUCUAAAAACUUGUUUCGUGGCACGAUAUUUACACAAUGUUUAAUAUUAUAAUAAUAAUAUGAUGGUGUCUGCAUAGGUAUACCUUUUACAGUAUUAUUUAUUUAUAACUCAUAUUUUACCUUGAUUUAAAACCCCGAAGCUCUGAGCUCUUGUUAUUUUAAAUAUUUAUGAAUUCGAAUUUGUAACUCAAUUUUUUUUCCUAUCGACUAUUACCACUCUUGACUAUAAAAAUAUACUUUUUUUCGAAACUCGAUUAAUAUAUUCAAGUGUAUAUAUAAGAUAAAUGGAUAAUUAUAAAAUUAUAUUCUAUCACAAAAAAUAUUUCAAAGGGAAAACUCCCAAGUAUAGCCUUUUAUUAAUGAAUACAUUUUAAUUUAUUACAUUUGUAUGCCAAAAUCGCUCUUUUAAUUCUGACUUUAACGUCAACGAUUAAACAUUAAAACAAACCAUUUCAAUAUUAAUAAUACUUUAUGAGUUUUAAAAAAAAAAUACACCCCCUGAAAAUAUAAUUUAUAUGACGUAUCAUAUUUAUUUUUGUUUUACUUUAUGAGAAUCUGUAUAUACCAGCAGUAAACACCACGGUGAUAAUAACGCUUCAGAAAAUUUAAUGCACAAAAUUACACUAAAAAAAAAAUCUACACACCGGAAAAUUGAAUAAGUUAAAUCAACCAUAACGCUGCGUAGAUAAAUAAUUUUAUAAUCGAUUAAAACCCCAUUAGACGUUAUGACCUUUAUAAAAAUGUCCAUUUACGCCAUAUAUAUUACACGAUAAUAGCAAUAUACAAUGUAAAGUACAUACAUGGAACAUUUUUUUUUCUACAAUUAAUAUGCGACUCCAUCCCGUUAUGGUUAGGUACCAAUAAAUUAUAAUACAUAUUAUAUUACACGGAGGUGGUUUACAAAACGACUCGCCAUCGUCGUCACGGUUAUUAUUGUAAAGAUCCGAACAGUUUAUCGACACGACAACCGCAUCGAUGAUUAAACAUGUGUAAAUUCCAUAUAUUUUGUUCUCUCAUUCGAUUCGAGAUGAAUGGAUUUUUAGCGGCCCAUGCAACUAUGCAGGGUUUUAUCAUAAGUUAUAAUAAAUUCGGAAACGACUAAACGCAACAAAAGUGUAUACACCAUUAGACGUUAUGACCUUUAUAAAAAAAAUGUCCUUGUACGCCAUAAUAGCAAUAUACAAUAUUAACUAUUAUUAAUAUUUACAUUAAUAAUUUUAUUAUUGUUAUUUAUUACCUAUUAUUAUAAGAUACAUACGUAUUAAGUACAUAAUACAUAGCCUUUUUUUUUUUUACAAUAUAAAUAUAUGACUCCAUCCCAUCAUAGUUAGAUACCUUCCCCUUUAUAAUACAGUUGGACUUGGUGAACUCGAAGUUGAAGGGACCGGCCCAAAUGUUCGAGUUACCCGAGGAUAAUACAAUGAUAGGAAAAAGUUCGAAGAUUUCGAGUUAAAAAAGUUCAAGUUAACAGAUUUUAACUGCACACACCGUCAUUGUAGUAAAGUUUACCACGCGAUAAUCGCGUCGAUGAUUAAACAUUGGUAAACAUAAAAUAUUAAUUUUGUUCUCUCAUUCGACCGAUAAAUCGAUCUUCGUCAUAAAUCUUAAUACAUUUUUAAACAACCAAAUGUGACGAAAUAGUAUACACCAUAAUAAUAUUACCGUGGUUAUAAUAAUACACGCGUACUCGUAUUCGUAUUACCAUCGGUUUUGGAAACAAAUCAUACUUAAUUUUUCAUCUGUGAUCCAUCAAAUGCGUUCGUUUUCUCGGUCUGCAGUGAUUUCGAAAGUAAAACAUAAUAUUUUUAUAUGGAUUUAAUUACUUACUGCAUAACACUAAUUACAUACACUAAUUAAUUACUGCAUAUUAAUUACUCUUCGCGUAGUAGGUACCUCAUUUUUUACUAGUUCUUACCGUGGAUAUUUUUUCAUCAACAAUAUUUGUAGAUUCUAUAAUAAUUUAUAAUUUCAUACUCGGAACAUGGUUUCAUGAAACUACUGGCUAGACAGACAUUUUGCGGUCUACUGAAGUCAAAACACGCGUGUUACCAAAAUAUAAAAAUAAAUUAAUAAUGACCCACGAAAAUUUUUAUAAAAGUUUGGUUUUUUUCACAGAAACAGUUCCUGCACGAUUCGUUGUAGAUUUGUUAUCUGGUACAAAAUAUGAGUGAAAAUCUCUGGUCACAUUUCCGAGGAGAGAUUAAUUUCGAAGAGUCGCUCGAGAGACGGUUAUAUACGACAAGACGCCCGAGAUAUUCGGUGAAACCUUGAAGGGCCGAUACAAAGAGAUAAAAUAUAUUUAUCAUGCGAUUAAUAAACGCUCUGAAAAAGGAGAACGUCUCUUUGAGCUUCCAAUAUUUUAUCGAUAUUUUUUACGCAGUUACCUGACGGCUGGGUAUAAAAAAAAAUAAGUGCUCAGUGUUUUCACCGACGAAUAUAUUAUACGUUAUUAUCCUAUUUUAUAUUGUUUUGAAGAAUCGUUCUUCUUGAAAAAAAUUGCCAGUUGUCGCGGCAGACGUAUACGAUAUUAGUGUUUCGGUCAUUCUCGGUUGAUAUUGGAAAAAAAAUUCGUGGUCGGCAAACGAACGAUGACGGAUGAAGGACGAUGAGGCGUGCAGCAGUGUCGUACAAUUAAAUUAACGUUAUGUGGCGGCUUGUCCGGAACGCGUUUAGUCGUAUAAUACGUCUUAAAGAAACUGUCAUACUAUUACUACACUUUGUACAACGGAUUUUCUUUUUUCCUCAAUUCUAGACGCGCUUUUACAGCAGCACUCUUCUUCUAUCGUUUUCGCCGUACUUGCCGCGACAAACCCGUUUCCGUAUUUAUUCCAGUCGACCGCAUCGUGAACCGUCGCAUCGCGUCUCCAGUCUGAUCAGCAUCAGUCCACCUACGCUUACGAGCUCGCAAUGAAUUUCCUGAACCUCACGAUAAUAUUUAUUUAGCCGGAAAAUUAUAUUUUUGAAAUAUUUAUACACAAACUCAAUGACUUGAUGUUAUGUAUAAAUUGGCCAUCUAUAACUAAUAAAACAAACAACUUAGCGCGCUAUAAAUUAAUUAAUUUCAGUUUCUAUAGGUAAACCAAAUAAUUGUAUACGUUUUAAUAACCACGUGGAUACCUAUGUAUCAAGGUAUAAUAGUUUACCUAACCGUUCAAACACAAUAAUAUUAUUAAAUUAAUAAAUUAAUAUAAAAAUAAUUGUCUCUGUGGCCUGUAUUAUAAAGGGUGCAUGUACGCGUUGACAAUGUCUAUAUUAACAUAAUAUAAAUCUCUGCAGGCUCGGGAACGGUAAUUAAACAGCAGCAUCACAUCAUAACGCCGUCGUUUGUUAUUCUAAAUAUAUUAACCAACAAUAAUUUCAGUUGCCUAUUUUUAUUUCAGGUAUUAGGGCAACUGAACAAUCGUAUACGGUGAUUAAUAACCACGUAGAUUUGUAAUGAUGGGUACAAUAAUUUUCCUAAACAGGUCGAAAAUAUGAAAUCGAAAAAUAAAAACAAUUGGGUGGGGCACAGACUUGUCGAUGAAACACUCUGUAUAGUUGUUUUAUCUCUGCAGCAGAUUCUGUAUAUUAUUAUACAGCGUACAUGCGCGUGUUGAUAAUGUCUUAACAUAAUAUUAAUCUGCAGACUCGGGGACAACAGUAAAAAAACAGCAUCACGAAAUAACGUCAUCGUCGUAGUCCGUUUUUCUAAGGGUAUAUUAAAAUAAUUUUUUUCUUUUUUUUUUUUUUUGUCACUGGCAAUUACAUUUUCUUUUCACUCCCGCUUUCCACCAAGAUGGCGAGUCCGGAUAAAAAGCGAAAAUUACAUUCGACUGAACUCGCCCGGCUGUUGGAGAAUGGUAAAAAAAAAAAAACAGGUUGUAACGUGAGAUAAGAUGGCUCGCUCCUCACCCCCCCCCCCCCCACACAAACCCGCUACGCCAAAGAAACUGGCCCUGAUUAUUUCUUAUCGGCUGUAGUUGUGUAUUGUUGCUGGCUAUAUGCGCGAGGCCCGACGAGAAAAUAAAUUUCAAUACGCAGUCACAUAACUCAUAACGUCCAAACUUCCCGAGUUCGUGUAAGAAUUAAUAUAAAACAUACGUACCUAGACACAUAUUAUAGUGUUACGGAACUCCCAUCGUCGUUAUUCCGUUUUU